AUGGCUACCCCCGACUUGAUCCUCGACCCAGCAUUGAAGUACUGGGUCCUCCUUCCCAUCUCGUUCGUGAUGGUGUUGGUAGGCUUGAUCCGAUCCAAUGUGACGUACUUGCUCAGUCCGAAACCGAAGCUCGAGCCGUACCGAGCAGUCAGAGAAAAGCAGUUCUUGAAGCGGGCACAGAGCUUCACGCAAAACUCUGGCGUGUUGAACGCCAGAGAAAUCAGAGACAGACAACAGUUUUUGAUCGAGAAAUUGAAUUCCAGCGACUUCUAUGCCAAAGAAGGCGAGGAGGAGCUCGAUCCCUUGAGCGCAUUUGCCGAUCCUGCCAACAACGAGGCCAUGAUGAACAUGGCCAAAGGUAACAUGAUGAACUACAUUCCCCAGACAGUCAUCAUGGGUUGGGUCAACUACUUUUUUGCGGGGUUUGUGAUCAUGAAAUUGCCAUUUCCCGUUACCGACGGGUUCAAAGGUAUGCUUCAAACCGGAGUAGCCACCCCAGACUUGAACGUAAGGUACGUGUCGUCCAUCUCGUGGUACUUCGUCAACUUGUUCGGGUUGAGACCCGUCUACUCGUUGUUGAUGGGGGAUAAAGAAGCCAACGAGCUUAUAAGUCAGCAGAAUCAACAGCAAGGUAUGCCCAACAUCGGUGGCCCUGGUGGUCCCAAGGCCGACAAGUUGUUCAAGGCCGAGGCCGAGAGUAUUCAGAUUUUGGGCCAUGAGUCGAUUUUUGACGGAAUAGUUGAGCGUGUUUUGAGUGAAAAUUAG